AUGGCUACCGAAAAACUAUCGGGGAGUAUCCCCGUGACCGGAGUUUCCCAAGCGCCGCUGCCAGGAGCUCUAUCAGCGACCCCCGUUUUCCGAACACCGUUUGCCUGCGUCACAAUGAAUAUGACGGAUCGUUUGCGAUUCAUCAAUUUUCCCAAGGCUGACUUCGAGGCAAUCAGGGCUGCGUGCGAAGCUGCUUGGGACCGUGGAAUUCAAGAGGUGCGCCCUUACGACCAGGCCAUGGAAAUUAAACUCGCCGGCAAUCCAUGGAGGCUGUAUUAUACAGGCGACGACAAAGUGCGGCGGCUCAUGCGCUGUUUACUGGAGAACCUGUUCAAUCGUGGAUGGGUCCUUCAGGCGUCCGUGGAUUGUUGCAUGAAAACCUACGAUAAAGACUCUCUCAUCUUCCGUCACCAGUCGCCUCCCCCGCCUCCGCAUGAAUGGCUCGCAGUCUCAUUUGAGGGGAACGACCGCCUAUCAUUCUUGGAAACUCCCAACUCUGAUGUAAUCAAUGGUCUCGUACAAACUUAUGGUGAUUCAGUCCAGUGGCACGGAAUAACAGAGGGCCACUUUGAAAUAAAGUUUGGCGGGAUGCCAUGGCUCCCUUCCGGCACAGACACGGUCUCGACUCGAAUUCUGUUGCUCAACCUGCUCCAGGCUCUGGAAGGGUUCGGUUAUUCUUUGUAUGCUUCCAUUGCCAUGGAAGUCACAACGGACGGCAAAAAGGCCGAUGUGUUGUAUUUCACUCGUCAGGCCGACUGGGCGCCUGGUCUGCCGGUCUGGCAUCGUUGA